AUGGCCAGCGAAAUCGACCUCUUCACCCAAUACACAUUACACAUGGACCCCGCGUCCAAAGCAAUCAGCCACCCAGCAUCCCUCUCAACACCCACUCAAACAACAGACAUGGCCAACGAACUAAACGAGCUUAACGCCCUCCACCGCUCCCUUAUCUCUCUCGACUCUCCAAACAACAUCCCUCCACCACCCCUGCCCAUUAACCCCAAGCGUGGUGCCCAGAUUACCAAGCUCCGCGACGGUGGAAAUGCCGCCUUCCGCAAAAAUAACUACGAAGAAGCUGUUAGAAUGUACACCUUUGCUAUUGACAUGGCGCUUGCCCGUCCGGGUUGGGAGCCUGUGUCUCUCGCCAGAGAUGAUCUGUCGGGUUUAUAUGGGAAUCGCGCCCAGGCGUAUAUGGGGAACCAGUCGUGGCCGGAAGGAUUGGUUGAUGCCAAGGCUAGUAUUGAUUCGAAGCCUGUCGGGAAUGUCAAGGCUUGGUGGAGAGUUGGGAAGUGCUUGGCUGAGAUGGGACGGUAUGCCGAGGCUAAAACGUUUUUGGAGAAGGGGUUAGAGAUUGAGGGGAAGGCUUCUGAUGGCGGGAAGGAGUUGACUGGGCUCUUGGUUGAUGUUGAUGCUGCGUUGCAGCGUUCGGUCUAA